AUGGCCUUAAGCAAUGAUGAACUUGCUUGUAUCUAUGCAUCACUUAUUUUAGCUGAUGAUAAUGUUGAUAUAAAAGGUGAUAAAAUUGCAGCUAUAUUAAAAGCUGCUGAUUAUGAUAUUGAAUCAUAUUGGCCUGGUCUUUUUGCAAGUGCAUUAGAAGGUGUUAAAGUAACUGAUCUUAUUAAAAAUGUUGGUUCAGCUCCAAUGGCAGCUCCAGUAGCUCAAGCAACAACAACAACAGCUGCUGUAGCUGAUGAUAAAAAAGCAGCUGGUGGUAAAGAAGCACCUAAAAAAGAAGAAAAGAAACCAGAAAAAGAUGAUUCAGAUGAAGGUGAAGAUAUGGGCUUCGGCUUAUUCGAUUAA